AUGGGGACCUUGCUGCUAAACAAGAUAAGGAAACAAGCUUCCUGUUUUCUUCAAGAAAAAUACAGAAAUGCAAGGAUUGCCUUCAGUGAUGUUACUGCUGCAGAAUUAUUGGCUGAAGAAGCAACAAACAAUGAUCCAUGGGGGCCUGAUGCUAGAACAAUGACUAAGAUAUCUGAGGCAUCUUUUAACAUGAAUGAUUAUUGGAGAAUUGUUUAUGUUCUACACAAAAGGUUGGAUCACAUUGAUUGGAAGCAUUGGAGACAGUCGUACAAAACAUUGACACUCCUUGAGUUCUUACUAACUCAUGGCCCUACAACUAUUGCUGAAGAAUUUCUCUGUGAUUCUGAGGUUAUUGAAGAGCUUGGAACUUUUACACAUGUUGAUGAGAAUGGGUUCAAUUGGGGUCUAAACAUGCAGAAAAGAUCAGAUAAAAUCCUAGAACUGCUAGGAGGAGGGGAAGCAUUAACACAAGCAAGAUUAAAAGCCCUGAAAACAACAAAAGAAAUCAAAGGAUUUGGCAAUACAACAACUCCAUCUCCUCCAUCAUCAUCAACAUCUUCUUCAGAUUCAUCAAGAGCUUCCACUUCGUCAUUCGGCUCAUUUUUCACAUCAGUUUCCACACUCGCUGACAUAAACGAUCCCCACAUGGACAAUUUGGAAACCCCAAUAUUGGCUAAAAAUGAAAGCUCUUUUGAUGAGGAGAAAGCUCUUGAAUUCCCCUCAUCAGAGGAUGAAAGUUUCAAGUGCAUGCACCUUUGGGAUUGCCCUCCCAUUCCUGAAAAAGGGUCUUUGCUAGAAUCUGAUGGAAGUGAAGAAAACGACACCAAAUCAGAAGGUUUCAUCACUGAUAUCUGCUCCAAACUUGGAAUCAGUCCUUCAAAAACAACUGCUGUUGCUGCUCAAAAAAUGGCUUUCAGGAGCUUUUCUGAUGCUGGAAAUGUUGCCAAAAAUAAAUUUGGUCGCCAGUUUUCUCUGAGAUUUUGA